CCAAACCCCAGCGUCAGCCUGAGGCUUAGUUCUAGACGCGGAAGUAGUUACGGAUAAAUAAUUCUUUUCUAUACGAGCGAUCCACAGCACCUCUGUAUCUGUAUUUGUACAUAUCCAGUCGUCUUGAAAACGUGUUUUCUGCUACUGCGAACGAUUUAUCUAUCAAUUCGAAUAUCUCGAACAAAAUGCCGGACCCGCCGCCUCGGAAUGCGUUUUUUAAUCCGGAUAGGCAGCCCUCAGCGACCGGGGGCGCAACAAGCGGCGCAGCCGUAGCGCAGCAACGGAUGAAGCAAACGACGUGGGUACUUUUCGCGUCUAUCAAGAAAGAGGAUAAGGACCAAAAUCUGAUUGCGCAAUAGGGUGAAACUAUUUCAGUAGAUUCGGGCAGUAGAGCCACGCUCUGCACCGCAUUUUUCACACGUGAUGGCUACUACAGGCAUGGGACGAGAUGCUGUGAUAGUAGGGACUAGAAGAACUACUCGAUUAAGAAAGCGCAUUUAUUAGACCGAGUCCUGGUGGAGGACAAGGAAUUGUAGGAUCCUGUCACAUGAUCUUCAAACCCUCCACAUACUGUAACUAGGCGAGCCGGCUCCAGCAGACCGGGACCACUUCCAAGGGGCCGUGCAAGCCAUCCCACGAGCACUCCGCCAUGAUUGGAACAACCGCUGCGGGGGGCAGUGGCUCCGCGACAGGAGGGAACCUGAUCAACAGCAGCACUUCGGCUUCUUCCCUCGUCCUCCCCACACUUUUAACCAGCAGCGUGGUGAAUCCCGCCACGGCUGCGAGCAGUAAGCCGGUCACCGAACGGAGUGCUGGGAGCGGCUGCAACACGAAGACAGAGGAGGAGGAGACCACCAGCCGCACCACUUCGGAGUACGGCGACGACACACCCCCGGUGAUCCGCCGGCGGGGGAGGUACUUCUAUUGCGCAUUUCUGUCUAUCAUGCAUAAAAAUGCAUCACAUAAAAUAUUGUUGCAAUUUCAUAGGCAGCUUACCUACUCAUGUUGGCGCAAUACAAGAAAAUUUCUCAUGCAAAACCUGCAUGUUAGUGACUUUUUCGCACUGCUUUCUCUCCACAUACUACAUCCAGGCGGUCCUCCACAUCCUCUAUGAAGCGGCGGGCGAUGUUGCAGCGGCAAGUGGCGCCGCCGGUGCACAUCAACCCGUCGACGGACUCGGAUUGCCAGUCGCCUUGGGAUAUCAAGCGCAAAUAUGUCCUCGGCGGCGUCUGGGAAGUUGUAAUGCCAAAAUGGAAUGAUAGGCGCAAUUUUGGGACGCCAUGUGUUGUUGUGUAUUCCGCAUGGCACAUUGCGUUUUUGCAUGCCAGGUAAGGGGCCCUCAUUUAUUUCGACGUCUUGCCCAUGCGUCACAUAGGUCUUGUGCUUGUCAGACAUACAUGACAGUCUUCCAGACCACCAGAUCGAUAGAGUUGCAAUGCAUACUGGAGUGCCCUCCGCCCCUGGUUCUCUCGGACGACGAACGGUACAGCUGCAGCUCGGGGUCCCACCGCCGGCUGCACCGGAAAUGCUCGGACGUGGGAUCGGAAAUCACCCUCGGUGACGCGGACGGCUUGUCGCAACUGUUCGACGGCGACAGCCCGCGCACCGUGAAGUCGCAGGAAAACAAAAGCUCCUUUCUGCACGUCGGUGGAACUACUUCUACUACGGGGAGUGCGCUGCUGAAAAACCCCGCGCCCGUCACGCCGGCAAGUAACAAAUAAGCGUUUUGCUGUACUAUGUUGAGAAAAUGCAACAUGGAAAUCAAAUUACUAGACUAAAGCCAGUGCACCGCUCUUCGGCCGCUGUUCUACCGCACCGCCACAGCAUGAAGAUGACAGCACACACGCAUUCUUCCAUAAUUUGCAUAAAGAAACAAAUUUCAUCCCCAGGUAUCGGCAGCAACCACCUGAAUGACUUAUCCAAACCGCCGACGCCGCAAAUUACAUCGCCGAAACCCGGCAACCCGAAUGCCAAGCCCUACCACCCGGUGAUCCGCGACAAGGAACGGUUCGUGCAGCGGGUCAGUCAGCAGCAGAAAAAGACGAUGAACAACAACGAGGAGCAGCUGCGGGACAUGACCAUUUUUUCCGGGAAAGAAAUGUCCGAUAUUAUGGACUACUUUCUCACCAACGUCGGCGACCGCAAGAACAAAAAAUCCUCCUCCUCCAGCAGCAGCUCCCAGUGCGGACUGACGAAAGCGAAGCACCAAGAGUUCCACAGUGAGCUUGCGAAAAAACGGUUCGCACAGUACGACGACCACAGCAGCAGUACGAAAAUGGGAGAAAGUGGUACUUUGCUGCUGAAGUGUACUGAUCUUCCGAAAUUUCAAACUCUUGAUUUCUAGUAGAGGGGAGAUACUUGUUGCGAGGUCAAGACCUUUGGGACAGAAUUUAAUUAUUUCAAAAGUCACUUUUAUUUCACACGACGUACAACACGAUUUACUUCAGCCUCGCACCUGUUUGGCCGGCGGAACAGCAACGCGGAUUGCUUGCGCGGCAGAUCCGACUCCACGGAUUCAAAGGCCACCACCCGGUCGGCGCCAAAUGCCUGUCGGUUGGUCAAAGUGGCUGCUGGGGAAUUCAGUUCGGUAUAGUAUUAGUGACUGCAGCUGAAGAGAGUACAUAUCGCAGGGGCAAUUUUGUAAGGAUCACGUAGAGAACUACUUGGGUCGGCGACGGCGUGUGCUGGGAACACGUUUUUUGAUGAGGAAAAUUAUCAUGGCAACAAGUGUAGUUUCCAUUUCGAAAUAAUCAAUUUUGCACAAAAAUCUAUCAAAUCGCAGGAAGCAGCUGCCGAUAGUCGGGGUGCCACGCCCUGCAGCCAGCGUUCGGCGCCGGCGCAGAAGCUCCGCAGUGUCAACCGGGCGCUGCUGGCGACGCACACCGCAAGUUUUGUUGGGGCGGACAAGGAGCAGGAGGCGGUGGAACCAAUUGCAUCUUCAUCAACCGCUCCUGUUUUCGUAUCGGGAACAUCGAUCGAGCUGCAGCAGAACACAAGUUGUUCGUCGCCUUCGCUAGCAGAUUCCUGCGCUGUAGCUGCAGUCAAAGCAGGAACUAGUGCCGAUCUUGACGGAGCAGGGACCAUGGGGAGUGGCUUCGUUUUGGCAGCUUCUACCGAGGAAGAUGUUGCACCGCCUUCGGGAGAAGAACGGGCGGCAUUCGGCACCGAGCCUGUGGAUCUCGCAGCCGGUUUGGGGGAAUCUACUGGAGGUGAACAACAAAAAAAAUCGUCCGCUUGUUCCUCGAUCAGUACCACAACAGCUUUGGUUUCAUCCUCUGCCGCUGGUGAAAACGCAGCAGCGGCUGCAGUGUCGCAAACUGUACCAACUACUGGAGAAGAUGAGCAAUCCGUGCAGAUGAAGAAGAGAUCUGGGAACAACCAUGGUGCCACGAUGGGUGGUAGUGCGAAAGCUACGAAUGCCUGCGAACAGCAAGGAAGAAACUCAACAGUCAAAGAGACAGCAGAAGAACUCGUAACGGAAAACAAUAUUGGGUCUACUCCGAUAGAAAAACAAGAACUGAGCGCUUCCAAAAAUUUGCCGGACGAGCAUGGGCAAAGUACAGCAGCGAAGCCCGACAGCAUCGGUACGACCGAAUCAAAAAAAUCUUCUACCACGUCUCCGGAAUUGACGAGAAAAGCAACAAACUUGGCCUCCGCGGUGUCGUCGACGAAGUUGGAGGAUGCUUGUGCGGCAAAUCUUGCGGCUGCAAACUGCUCCCCAACCACUUCCUCGACCACCUGCUCGCCGCAAACCACUUCCACCGGUCAUAAUUUCUCCACGUCCCCGACGCGCUCGGUGAAGCCCUCUUUUCUCGCGACACUGACGGGAAAGAACAAAAUUAGCACCUCUGUUCAAGUGGAAAUGAGAAGGGAGAAAGAGCCUGGUGGCUUCAGUACUACUGCAAGCGGGUACGGAGUCGUGGGAACUUCCCUGCUGAGCAGUAGCGGUAACAAGCAAUCCAUGGUGACCUCCAGUUGCACACAAUUACCCUUCACGACCAGUUCCGGGAACAUGGCCCGAGGUUGUACUACUGCUGGGUCCUCUACUUCCGCUGCAGGUCAACAGCAGGGUGCCGCUUCCAUGUCCAUGCAGGGCAACACCUUCACCUCCUGGAUCGGGGACAGCAAGGGCAAGCAGAACAGCUGCAGCCCAACGUUGCCGCCCCCGUUGAGCAGCACGAAGCACUUUCCGGAGUUGUCCGCGUCUCAGUCAUAUGGAUUGCAAAUAUGUCUGGGUCUGGAAACUUGUAGUGCUCAAAGUGAAUGAUAGACGCGCCACAAUGCGCAGCUAUGCAUGAUAAAUUUUGUGGCUGCCUUGUCUUACGUAUUCCGCAUGGCAAACUGCCUUUUUGCAUGACAGUUAAGAGGGCUCUUUCGUGCCUAUGCAACACAGAUUCUCGAGUCAUGCCAGACAAGCAUGACAGACUUGCAUUCUUCCAGACCCAGACAUUUUUGCAGUUGAUAAAUCAAGCUUAACCCUGUCGCCCCCGAACGGCAGAGACGGGCAGCUUUCCAGCCGCAGCUCGGGAUCCGCAGAGGGGGAACUGCACCACGGGAAGACGAAUCAGGGCGGGAAGCAAGCCAAGUCCUCGCGGGUGGGAGCGGCUACUUCAACAUCUUCUGCGCAACAGAGCGAGAACAAGUUGUCUCCCGCCCCGGCGCAGCCCGGAUCUUCAUCUUCAAGUGGUUCUAGCACGACGGGCAGUCCGAACCAGAGCAGCAAAAGUGUUCAACAGGCGAAUAUUAAGCAAGGUGGUCCUUCUAGUACUGGUACUACCUCCAACAGCAUGAUGAACACAGCCUCGAGCACUUGUUCCACCACCGUCUGCUCAAAAACAGCUACGGUAAAUAAAGCCACAUCUUCAGCUAGCACAUCGAUUUCUUCUACAGAGAACACGACGAAGGUGGAUCAACAACACCUUCCCACCUCCUCUCCCGCCGCACCAGAACAACUGGUGCGCACCUCCUGGAGCGCGAAAAUGCAGCAGAAUAAGUCAACCUCGUCCGCCGGCGCACCCGCAACUGCAUCGGCAAAUGGGAAUAACAGCACUUCCUUCCAGCCGGCGCCGCGCACUGCUGCAACCAGCAAGCAGCAGGGAGGUAGUAGUUCUACUUCUACUACAACUUCUUCGAGGGGACCAGUUACCUCUGCGAGCUGCAAUCUGGUGCAGCAGCAGCAACAGCGGCAGAAGGAUCAUACUACCGCUAGUACAACCGUGAACAGUGCAAAAAGUAGCUGCAAAAAUAACACCACUACGACAUCAUCAAAGAACUACUCGCUCUCUACUUCAUCGGGAGGUUCUACCACGGUGGAGCGGAAAGAAACCACCCUGGACGAGCCGGUGUGUCUACUCGGCCCGGAAGUGAUGCCGCUGGAAUCGGUUUCGGUGAGCACCUCGGGGGCCACGGGCUCCGGUCCGGCCCACGCGAAAAAUGGAGUUCCGGGCGACGAAUCUUUCGGCGCGUCGCCGCGCCGGCGUACGCGACCCGUUGACCGUUCCAGAUUGCUACAGCUAUGCAUAAUUGCAAAAGUUGAUGUGUCAUACUACAUAUAGAUUGAUGUCCAUCGUAACUUUUUUGAAGAAGAGAAAUAACCGAAGAACUUCUCAUGCAGAGUUUUUUCAAGGUACGAAAAUAAAACAGGCUUGUCAUGCGACAUUUUACAGUUAGUACAUACAACUUCGAUUUUGCACAGGAUAGCAGCAGAGCCGCGACAACAUGCGAAACCAGCGGGCGAACCGGCAGCAAGGGUCAGCAGCUUCGACGGGGGUAUAAUUUGUAUUGUUCGUGAAAUAUUUUUCAUCAUACAUUCGAAUUUCAAUUUCUUCAUGUUCAUAUGCCUUUGCAGAUUUGAAAAUUCCUACGCGCGUUUUAUUCUUGCAGAAUAGACAGAGUUCUUGAGGCCAGAAAUAAACCAUUGUGUAUUCCGAGGUACCCGGCGGCACGACGGGGACGAUUGGCAGCCUGAACGCGCAGAGCGCCAACCGCCAGCACCUGCGCGGCUGAGGAUACUGAACAGUUUCGGGUUGGUUCUUUGUGUGAGAAAAUUACAACAUCUUCAUGGAACGAACUUUUUUUCUUCUUUUCGUACUUAAUCGUGUCCUCUCUACUCGCGUAGUUUGUGUUCAAAAUGUGGAUGCUCUCGCGGGACUCGACAGGAAUAAACAGGACUACGCGGGAGCGGCAGGAGUCGCAAACUUCAUAUGCCUCUUGGAUCAUUCGCUAGGGUAGUUGUCUGCCUGGGGAAAAGUCGCAAUUUCUUCACAUCUAUUUUACGAACAACAUCGAUGCUGGUCAACAUCAUCCCCAGAUGAACUGAAGUAGCUGCUACCUGUCUUGAUAUUUUAUGAAAAAAAGAAUAAAGUCGGGUUAUUUCCUCCUCGACUUUGAAAAUUCUUAUCUUACAUUGAUUCGUUGGUCUCGUUGUUCCAAAGUUUGACCGAUGAAAAGUAAAAAUCCCACUCUUGGUCCAAAGUUUUUGAAAAAUCUUGAGUUUUUUAGCAUGACUAUCACCUCUCUAUAGCUUUCUUUGCAUAUUAAGAACUACUGCCUCGAGCACCUGAAGCCGCUAGCACUUGCUAUGCAAACCUGAGGCCCGGAAAAGUUGUGGACGCGCUUCUGGGGUCUGCUGCGAUCUAAAACGCGAUCGCGGGGGCCCGGAUGAAGAUCUUGUCCAUAGUCUGUACUUUUUCUUCUCGUCUAUCUAUACAGCGCGUAGAUAGGGCGUACAUAAAGAAUGUCAAUUUAUUGUGCCGCACAAUAGUUGCGGUUCUUCCACCGGGAGAAAAGUCGAAGGAGUAAAAAGCUUCGGUCAACUUUUUUUCUCUAAAUUUCGCAAUUUCUUGGCAGCAUCAUCCGACUACAUGCUCACUACUUACUCUGCAAUAGGCCCAUUUUCAACGUCCUGCGUCGAUUCCACUGUCGACGCGAAAAUAACGAAUGCUUCGCAUGCAAACAAUCAACUUGGCUGCAAUAUUAUUGAUUCCUAUAUCGUAUUUCAAAUACCCAAAUACCAGCGCGAUCAGUGGUUUGCGGUAGCUGGUGCCCCCGCAUAGAGUUACAACUCUUGUUGAUGUAUAGGCACCGCAUUGAUUGUCGGGUACUAUUUUGUGACGGGCAGAAGUUAUUUUUACAUCGUAACUAUUUUUACUUAGCAAAAAAUCUACACCCCUGUAGGUACUGCAGCGCGACAAGAACAGUCGUCGCACGAAUUGGUCUUGUUUGUUUUGUAUUCAGAUUGGUAACAUCUAACAUCAAAUUUCGUAUUCGUUUCUAAUUAUAUCCGUGCAAUGUACUCCUCCUUCACAUCUUUCAACCAUCGCUUCAAGAUUGAUGCGACCACUCAUCAUUCGCACGCUAUUAACAAAAACCGGGCCUCGACAUGGUUCCUUUACUUGAGGGCCGAUGGUCGAGCAGGAUCAUCCGCAGUAUCUAUUUUAAAAACAUGCGGUUCUCGUUGAAGCUAUCAUUUUUCUCUCUGAUUACUUUUUUCCACUUACGACGCACUUGUAAAUUCGGCGGAAAAAAUCGUUCCUCCGAUUUAUACCAGUAAUGAAUCCUUCAGCUUUACUUAGGUCUUUUUAGCCCAGCUGUCGAAAAAGUUGACGCUCGGGUCCUGCAGCACAGCGAGAGCAGGGAAAAUAUCUUUUGAAAUCUGAUGACAAACUUCGUCCUUCUACGCUUUAAUACAACCGACUGGAGCAGUUGUUGUGAAAAAUACUUUAUUCCGGUCAAACUUUGACUGGUGGUUUCUUCGCCUUCUUGCGCGAAAACAAUAAACGGCAUUGCACUCGACGCACUCGGGAAGAUGAGCAGAACACUUUAGAUCUCUUGCAGAUUAUUUUUACGCCGUAGUACAACAAACUUCGUUUUGCCACUUAUCUUCGCAGUAAAAUCUUGAUUUCUACUGCAUUUUAGCAUUUUAGAAAAGUCUAGUAUUCGGUACUAAUAAAAGACGUCUUCUUUCGAGUACAAAAUGAACUUACAACCACUGCGGCCAACCGUUCUUUAUUUUUCGCCGAAAAAUUCUUGGUCGCAAUACCAAUAUCGUCUCUGUGGUUUUUACUAGCAGAAACGUGGAGAGCACAGUCAAAGUGGACCGA